CUAUCUACUAAAAUGUGCUCUGCGAAAAUCAACCUUUGACCCAAAAUGGCAGACUGGACAACAUACUUCGAGGGCUCGAACCCUCCGGAAAAAUACGACGAAAACAGGACACGGAUCCAGGAAUUCGUCAGCAGACACUCUAAGGAUGGAAGAAGACUUGUCCUUGUAACUUCAGGCGGUACCAGAGUACCACUGGAGAGCAGGACAGUGCGUUUCAUCGACAACUUCAGUGUGGGAACCAGAGGCUCUGUCUCUGCAGAGAACUUCUUGGCCCAGGGUUAUGCUGUGAUCUUCCUGCAUAGACUGAACUCCCUGGAACCCUUCACUAGACACUUUUCCAGGGUCAACUUUCUGGACCUUCUCAGUCUCACAACCACAGCAGAGGGCAGUGCAGAUGUACAAGUUGAUCCACAACACACAGCCCGGCUUGUUGGAGUCCUGCAGAGAUACCAGCAGGUUAAGGAGACCGGCACUCUUCUGUCUGUCAGUUUCCUGUCCCUGUCUGACUACCUGUACCUGCUACGAGCUGCGGCCGAGGCUUUCAGUCACAUCGGGCCGGCCGCUAUGCUCUAUCUCGCCGCUGCAGUGUCCGACUUCUACAUUCCACACAAUGAGCUUCCAGAGCACAAGAUCCAGUCGGCCAACGGUCCUUUACAGAUCACCAUGCAGAUGACACCCAAGAUGCUGUCUCCCCUAGUUAAGGAGUGGGCUCCACAAGCUUUCACUGUCUCCUUUAAGCUGGAGACUGACACCAGUAUUCUCAUCAAGAAGGCAAAACAAGCUCUACAGAAGUACAGUCAUCAGGUUGUCAUCGCCAACAUUCUUGAGACAAGAAAGAAGACCGUUACCAUAGUAACCAGACAGGAGGAGCAGGUAUUGCUGAUGUCUGACUCUGAACUGGAGGCUGGGAUGGAAAUAGAGGAGAAGAUCAUUGCAGACCUCGUCAAAAGACACGAGAAAUUCUGUCAGGAAUCAUAGACACCUUUAUAGAGGUGUGUAUUGCUAAAAGAUAUCAUAGUUAUCCAGGGAUUGAUCGUGAUUCAAGUUCAUUACACUGUAAAUAUUGAAACAUUUGCCGUGGUUUUAUUUGUUGCACUUUUCAAUGUGACCUCUUGAAGCAAAAUCACAACACUACAAAUAUUUUUUAUUAUACAUGUAUAUUGCAGAAUUUGUAGGCAUUAUUAGUAUUGUAUUAUCAUUGUAAUAUUAGUAUUGUAUUAUUAGUAUUGUUAAGUAUUAGUAUAGUAUGUUUAGAUUCCUUAGAACAGAGUUCUGGUUUGAAAAUGAAUUUGUUUAUCAAGUUUUACUGCUGUUGUAUUCCUUGGACCACAGUGAGUCUUUUACCACCAUAAACAUCUGUCUUGCAGUUCAAUAUUAGGUAACCUUACAUAAGUGUAUACUAGUAAUGUACAAUAUAUUUUAUGCAGAAGAAAAAAAAUGAAAAGUUGCUUGGAAAUACUUACACCCUCACUGUAAUAAUGUAAAUUUUCUACCUAAUAUUGGUAGCUAAGUGCAAAUAAACCAUGAUUUAUUU